AUGAUGUCUGCGAAACAAGUAAGUAAGCAAGCGAGAAAAGAGGUUAACGAAAGAUUCUAUGGUCGAGUUGUGAAAGGAGUUGCGAGUUUUUGCCGUGGAUACUCGCUACUACCACGAGAAAAAGUUUCAUCGGUGUCGGAAGAAAACUGGACUUCUUUUACCCGAGGUGGUCGUAAUUUGGUCAACGAACGAAACCUUCGGGACAACCCAUUCUAUGAGGCAUCCCUAACUCAGGUGUCCACGGUUUUGCUCUGCUACUACAUCUCACGGAUAUCUUUCCCUUCACAACCCUGCAGACAAUUCAAAUCAUUCAUUCUCUUCUGUUUAUAUGAACGCUCAUUUAUAGAGUUUCUCAAGCGGACCCUAUGA